AUGGAAAGCGUUGUAAUGAUGAUUAAAAACGGUCAUGGUGACAAUGUGUUGGCGCAAGACAACAUUGAAAAUGGUAAAAGUAAUACCAAGAAUUCAAUCGAAAGUAAAAACCAAAGAAAUACCGAAGAAUUUAUUGAAAAAAAAGAUAAAAAUGAAGGUUUCAAACGUUCAGGUUUAAUUCUUAUUGUUUGGGCAGGCAGCGUAGUGCUUGCAUUAUUUUUAGCUUUAUGUUAUGUAGAACUUGCUACAAUGUUUCCGGAGUCUUCAGGCUCCAACUAUAGUUUUGUGUAUGAAGGUUUUGGAGAUUUACCAGCAUUUAUAUCUGGGUUUACAUUUGUGGUAAUACUAUCUCCAAUGUCAUUUGUUAUGGUGAUGUUAACAUGCUCUAAUUACAUUGUUUUAGCUGCCAUGUUAGUUGAAGAAUAUAUUAAAAUAAUUGCUGCAAUAAUCAUUGGAGUAGUUUUUAUCUUGAACUGUAAUAGCGUUAACUUAGGAACAAUUAUACAAGAAAUUUUUACUACAAUAAAAAUUUUGACAUUAUUAAUGAUUGCAAUUACUGGUGUAGUGCGACUUGGUCAAGAAUCAAAAAACUUUUUUAUGUACGAAAUGUCAAUUGCAUCAAAUACAAAUACAAUGGAUGAUUUCAAGUCAGUUAGUAAACUAUAUUAUUUACCACCUUCAAAUACUUUAUGCGAGGCUGUUCCCAAAAACUCUCAAUAA